AUGGUUUCCACCACUGCAAACCCCGACUCAGAGCUCUUCUGCUCCGUGUCCUCUACCCAAAAAGUGCCUGAACGUCACCCGUCAACAUUGAUUCCUGGCGGGCAUGCAUCACCACUGCGACACCCAACCGUCCUCAGACCGGGCGCUGGAAACCAUCACGCUCGGAAACAAAGUUCAGAGAGGUCACAGACGCCAGGCCAGCAUCACCAGCGAAAUUCAUCCACGUCGCCAAAGCCUACAUACAAAGCGUACUCUCCUCCAACAUCACCACAAGAUCCCCGGGCCUCGGUAGUAGCCGAUGAGAUCGAGAGCUACUUUACAAAACUUGACAUCCAACCACUUCACAUCAAGAAGCAAGACACUAUCUCCAGUCCAUCGGCCGAGAGCUCUGGCAGAGUGUCUCCUGUGCAUCGAUGCGCAUCCCCACCGCUCCCGCCAAAAGUUAAAAUUGAGGACCCACCACAGUCACCUCAUCCGGCGGAGACCCCAUCAAUAUCACAACCUGAAACGCACAUGAACGACACGGAGUCUGAUUCUGACCAGCCUCCCGCGUACGAGGAGUCCGAGCGUGUACAGCCACCUCCGGAGAAGUCAGCCACACCUGCGUCCCCGGCGGCCGAGCGGCCUGAGAGCAAUCAAAGUCCCGCGAGUGGUGCCGCUGUAUCAGCCGCAAGGGAUAGUGGCUCAGUUGCCGGGGAUGACACCGAUGAGGCGGUGACGGCGCCCAAGGACACAACAGAAGAAGUCGAGCCAGCCAAACAAUCCAACAGUGAAGAGGGCACAACAGACCAGCCCACGCAAACCGAGGAGGCGAGUGAGGCUGAGGCCAGCUCACCACCACCUCUGCCUCCACGCCCAACACCCGCAUCAACAACGCCCCAGCCGGACACGGCAUCGAAGAUGCCCGGGGCCUUCCCCCCACCGCCGCGACGGAGCCCAUCGCCCAAGGGCAACUCCUCUUCGUCCGCAAAGAUGAACUACGUGCCGGGCGCGGCAGCGACGUCGGCUACGGCGGUCGGAGCAGCGGUAGCGAUCCCGUCGACAGAUUUUGCGCACGGCGGGUUCGCACAUGCACGAAAGGCGCUGGGCCAUCGUGUCAGCCACCUGGUUGACAAGGCGAAGGAGUACCAUGAGGCGAAGAGGGCGUCGGCCACGCGGGGUGGCGCGGAGGAGAGCAAGGAGAGGAAUGUGCUUGUUGUUGCGCCCAUUGCUUGA